AUGGGCGCCAUUGUGUCUAGCAUCCAACGGGUCUAUCUCGAUUUGAGCGCCGUCAUCUCGGAGCUCAGUCAGACUAAACACUCCUUUGACUCGCUUCUUGCUCGGCUCUCGAUGGUGACACCUCCCGUGCCAAAUCCAUCCAAAUCCUACUGGCAAGAAGAUCCACCAUUUCCCAACCUCGUCGACGUCCAGUCGCCCGAGCUGCCGACGACGGCAGACAUCCUCAUCAUUGGCUCCGGUAUCUCUGGCGCAAGUGUGGCGUAUACGAUCCUCUCCCAGUCGUCCAAACGCGGGAUCUCCCCGAGGGUUGUCGUUUUAGAAGCGCGGAAUCUGUGUAGUGGCGCUACUGGGAGAAAUGGCGGCCAUAUCAAGUGUUCACCGUAUACGGAAUAUGCAGGGCUCAAGGCAAGAUUUGGAAGAGAGCGUGCGAAGAAAUUACUCCAUUUUCAGCGUCGACAUUUGGCCAUUCUGCUUGAGCUCGUGCAGCAGGAGGAAGACCUGAAGAUUAGCGAGGCGCGAGAAGUUCAGACAGUCGAUAUUUUUACCGACCAAAAGAUGUGGAAUGAAGCGAAGAAGAUGGUGCAGGAGUUGAGACAGGAUGUCCCUGAGAUGGCUGAAGACGUUGUGGUUCAUGACGGCACUGAAGCGUGUGAAGAAUUACACAUCGACCCCCAGUACUGCUACGGCAUCAUCACUUACAAGGCCGGAGCACUGUGGCCCUAUCGCUUGGUUACCGCUCUCUUUGCGUCUCUUCUCUCGACAUAUAGCUCUACCUUUUCCAUCGAGACCAACACCCCUGCAACUGAUAUACACGUCAACCCCGACAAUCCCAAUCGCCCGUUCAACGUCCACACCCCCCGCGGAGAGAUCAAUGCGACGCAUGUUAUCCAUGCAACCGACGCAUUCGCAGCGAACCUUCUCCCCGGAUUGACAGGCAAGAUCUUCCCCAUGCGCGGCCACAUGACCGCACAAGAGCCCGGACCCCUAUUCCCCCAGCUCGGCGGCGCACGGUCGUGGAGCUUCAUCCACCGGCGCGGUUUCGACUAUAUCACUCAACGUCCGGGGACGGACGGCGAGCUAAUGGCGGGCGGGGGCGUGGUGCAAUCCCCCGAACAUGGACUGGAUGAGUUUGGGGUUUGGCGAGACGACCGAAGCAGCUACGCGAUCCGCGCCUAUCUGGACGGUCUCUUGCCAACGAUCUUUGGGGCUCAUAAUUGGGGAGCUGACCGAGGUGCCCGGGUGAAAAUGGCCUGGACGGGAUGUAUAGGGUUCACGCCGGACUUGUUGCCGUUUGUCGGUGUCUUGGAUCCGAGGAUCACGCAGAGGGAGAUCCCGAAGACGAGCUCGAGCGAAGGUGCGAGACCGCCUGCUGAGUGGAUCGCGGCGGGCUUUCACGACGGCAUGGUCUUCGCUUGGCUGUCUGGAGUGGCCGUUGGCUUGAUGGUAGUUGGAGAGGAGGAUGAAGUGGUUGAACCGGCUCCUGGGAUACCAGGGGGGAGAAUCGCCGAGUGGCUGCCGGAGGAGUUGGUGUGCUCGAAGCAGAGGGUGGAUGGGUUACAUGCGUCGAAUCUUGCAGCGCUUCUGUGA